AUAGAAGUUUAUCAGAUUCAACUUGUCGAAAAGUCUAAUCAGAUUGAUCUUCUUACUCUUUGUCAGUUCUCUCACACUCUAGCCACUACUCUCCCAGAGAAUGGAGGAAGCGAAGAGUAUGCCAAAUGCCAGUGUCACGACGGUGCCCCCGAGUCAGGGGCUUGAGCGUGGACCUGAACAGGCUAAGCGCCCCUCUGAUGAAAGCAGUGCUCCCAGUGAAGACGUGCUGUUCACUGCUGGCAUUGGCCUCGAGAAGGAUGACCCAACACUUCCUUGCCUGACCAUUCGCAUGUGGGUCAUUGGGAUCGUCUUUUGCCUUCUCGGGAGCGGAAAAGCCUGGGAGUUUUUUAUCCCAGACUGGGGUAUCACUGUUUUCGGGCACCACAUAUCCCUCAAUCCUGGACCUUUCAAUUACAAGGAAAAAAUUCUCAUUUAUAUCCUUGCAAAUCUCAGCUUCCUCACUCGAUUGAGCGCAGAUGUCCUCACUGAGCAGCGUGUCUUCUAUGGCCUCAAAGCAGGAUGGGGCUUCGAGCUGACCAUGACGCUUGCCACCAUUCUUUUCGGCUUCAGUCUAGCCGGCAUAUUUCGUUCGCUCGUCGUGGAGCCAGCCAGCCUUGUGUGGCCCGGAGUUCUUGGUAAUACUGCCCUGAACCAUACCCUCCAUUCCAGAAAGAACACACUGGACCUAGACACCAAGUUCAAGAUGUCUCGCUACCAAUUUUUCAUGAUUGUCUUUUGCGGAUCUUUUUGCAGGUAUUGGUUUCCAGACUUCAUCUUUCCAGCUCUGGGCUACUUCACUUUGAUCUGUUGGGCUGCACCGAACAACGCUGUAGUUAACCAGAUUUCUGGCAUGAAGAGUGGACUAGGUAUCUUGCCUGUCACCUUUGACUGGAGUCAGAUUGCCUACAUUGGAUCUCCUCUGGUUGUGCCUACCUGGGCGAUUCUCAAUGUCCUGGCAUCGCUCAUCUUCUGGAUCUAUGCCGUUUCGCCUGCAAUAUACUACAGCAACACGUGGUCUUCUGCCUACCUCCCCAUCCAAAGUGACUCUGUGUACGACAACACCGGCGCUAUCUACCUGCCUGUCACGUACGCGCUCAACACGUUCGGACUCUCGUUUGCUACAAUAUCGUCACUGUUAAUUUGGCUGUAUUUGGAGCGACGCCACAGCAUCAUCGCCAUAUUCCAGGCGUCUUCAUUGUCCUCAUUAUUUAAGCGCGGUCCGAUACCGAGCUGGAACCUCCAGCCGGCUUAUAAGACUGUUCCCGCAUGGUGGUGGCAUGGGGUCUUGCUUGCCCUGGUAAUAUGCGCGGUCUUCUUCGUCGCACUUGCUCUGGUAUAUGCCACAGCCAAUGUCAAAAUCCAAAUUGAUAUUUUCUGUCGUAUAGUUGCCGGCUAUGUCUACGAAGGAAAAGUGCUCGCUAACAUAUGGUUCUUCAAUGUGGGAUACAUAUCGGGCAUCAAGGGCCUCGCCUUCGCUCAGGACCUCAAGCUCGGGCUCUACUGCAACAUUCCGCCACGCAAGCUCUUCCUAGUGCAAGCUGUCGGCAUCGUCAUGGGCACUCUCGGCCAGGUCUCAACAUUGAACUGGGCUCUGGAGCAAAUCCCUCAUAUUUGCACCGAUGCAGCCCCCAACGGCUUCACGUGUCCGUUUUCACGCACCCACUUCAACACAACUUCAGGCACCAAUUAUGGAAGCUGGGCCAUCGUCGGACUGGUAUUUGGGCUUUGGCUCAAGAGGAGAGAGAGAGACUGGUGGAGGCGAUACAACUUCGUGCUGAGCUCGGCACUGGACUGCUCAGUCGCCAUCGCAGGAGUGAUAAUCUUCUUCGCCGUCUUUUACACUGGUGCAGCAAAUAACUUUGCGUAGUGGGGAACAGACGUGUACAAGGUACUUUUACAUCGACCAUUCCAAAGAGCAGAUCUUACUUUGCUAAUGCACUCCAGGACACUUGCGACUGGAAAGGGUGCAGAUACAAGACGAUACACAAGGGUAG